UGCUCUGAGUUUACAAAUAGAACAAUGAUGUUUCUUUCCUCAGUCUUAACUAGGAGCAGAAGCUCUUUUCCCUUUAUUUAAUUCUUCCCAGAGUAUAAAAAAAAAACCCACCUUUUACCUUCUGGGCAUUAGUAUUCCACCAGCAUCAGAAACCUGCUCAAGAACUGCAGAAGGAGAGAGGAGUGUGAAAAAGAAAAGAAAACAAAUUUCCUCUGUGGUUCUGUGUGUUUGGCAUUAGCUACAGUUUCGACUUGCUUUUCUUUUUCAUGCAAAUAGGCCCUUUUGCUGACUCUCUCUGUUUUCAUAUCUCAAACAAGUCAUGGAAGAUGAAGAGUCCAAUACAAGAAGGAAAUGCCCUCCAAAAACAACAAGUUUUAGAGAGAUUGGAAGUGGUCAUAGUUAUCAGUAUCACCACCAGCUGCUGCAAAACUCUUAUAGGCUUGGCUAUGGUUUUGGUUUGGAUUAUGGUUUUGGAUACACAAACCAAUACCAGACUUUCCCUGCUUUGCUACCUCUCCCUCCAAGCCUACCUCUGCAGCUUGCAGUAACUCCACCUUUCCCUCCAAACCAGAGGUUUGGAUCAAGAACCCAUUUCAAGAAAGCCUCAAGGAAGCAGAACAAUCCACUUCUUGCCACUUCCUCUGAUUCCCAGUAUCAAGAUUUCUCAGUCACACAAGUGGAGAAGAAAGCUUGUCUGCCCAGUGAUAAGGAGAAUGGAAGAAACAUUGUGGAUGCAAAACGAAAGUCAUUGUUAGUUGCAAGAAGACCAGACUCUGGUGGGAUUGAAGGAAAAUCCAUCACCCUUCUUGCUAAUCAUUUCUUAGUCCAAUUCGAUCCGUCCCAGAAAAUCUUCCACUAUGAUGUUGAAAUAUCUCCGAAUCCAUCCAAGGAAAUUGCAAGAAUGAUCAAGGGAAAGCUUGUUGAGGAGAAUUCAGCAGUCCUAUCCGGUGCUCUUCCGGUCUAUGAUGGUAGAAGGACUAUAUAUAGCCCUAUAGAAUUCCAAGAUGACAGGCUUGAGUUCUAUAUUGGUCUCCCUGUAUCUGUUGGUGAACCAGUUAUACCGUCUGUGGAAAUGUUGAAUUCCCCUGAAAAGCAUCAGCAGGACAAGAUUUUCCGGGUAAAUAUCAAGCUUGUAUCAAAGUUUGAUGGGAAAAUGCUGAGCAGCUAUUUGAACAAAGGAGAUGAUUCUACUCCUCUUCCUCAGGAGUAUAUACAUGCACUGGAUGUCGUUCUACGGGAGAAUCCGACUGAGAGGUGUUUAGCAACCGGAAGAUCGUUUUACUCGAGCUCGAUGGGAGGGGCAAAAGAGAUUGGUGGAGGAGCUGUUGCACUCAAGGGGUUCUUUCAGAGUCUAAGGCCAACACAACAAGGGCUUGCUCUGAAUGUGGACUUCUCGGUGACAGCUUUCCAUGAGAGUAUUGGGGUGAUUCCUUAUUUGCAAAAACGGCUUGACUUUAUGCAUGAUAUCUCUCAAGAAAAGAGCAGAAGCUUGACGACCGAACAGAAGAAACAAGUGGAGAAAGCACUAAAGAACAUGAGGGUGUUUGUUUGCCAUAGAGAAACUGUACAGAAAUAUCGAGUUUAUAGCCUGACUGAGGAUGUUGCUGAAAAUCUCUGGUUUCCAGACAGAGAUGGGAAAAAUUUGAGAUUGAUCAAGUACUUCAAGGAUCACUAUGAUUAUGAUGUACAGUACAAAAAUCUGCCCUGCUUGCAGAUUAGUAGGAGGAAGCCAUGUUACCUGCCUAUGGAACUUUGUGUGAUUUGUGAAGGGCAAAAGUUCCUUGGAAAGCUCUCGGAUGAUCAAACCGCGAAAAUACUCAAAAUGGGCUGUCAAAAGCCACGAGAACGCAAGGCAACCAUUGACAAGGUUAUGGAAGGCCCAGAAGGGCCAACCAGCGGCGGUCAAGGAAAAGAAUUUAAGCUGCAGAUUUCAAGAGAAAUGACGCACUUGACUGGGAGGAUUCUUCAGCCUCCAAAGCUUAAGCUUGGAAAUGGUGGUCAUGUUAGAAAUCUGACUCCAUUCCGUCAUGAUCGACAGUGGAACCUUCUCGAUAGCCAUGUCUUUGAGGGCACUCGAGUUGAUAGAUGGGCGAUAAUAAGUUUUGGUGGCACCCCUGAUCAGAAGUCCAGCAUACAGAAGUUCAUAAACCAGCUGUCUCAAAGAUGUGAACAAUUAGGUAUUUUUCUCCACAGGAACACUGUGGUCAGUCCACUGUUUGAGCCAAUGCACGUUCUUGGCAAUGCGAAAAUUUUGGAAUCUAAACUCAAGAAAAUUCAUAAAUCUGCUUUCAACAAUCUCCAGCUGCUCAUUUGUGUUAUGGAGAGGAAGCACAAAGGAUAUGCAGACUUGAAACGAAUUGCUGAAACGAAUAUUGGUAUAGUAAGCCAGUGCUGUUUGUACCCAAAUCUCGGCAAGUUGAGCUCACAAUUCCUGGCUAAUUUAGCUCUUAAGAUCAAUGCCAAAGUCGGUGGAUGCACCGUUGCUCUUUACAACUCGCUGCCUUCUCAAAUACCAAGGCUCUUCAGACAAGAUGAGCCGGUGAUCUUUAUGGGUGCCGAUGUAACCCAUCCUCAUCCAUUGGAUGAUUUUAGUCCAUCCAUUGCUGCUGUCGUCGGCAGUGUAAACUGGCCUGCUGCAAACAAGUAUGUUUCAAGAAUGAGAUCCCAAACGCACCGACAAGAGAUCAUCCAAGAUCUUUGUGCAAUGGUUGGGGAAAUACUGGAUGACUUCUAUCAGGAGCUCAAUCAACUUCCUGCAAGAAUAAUAUUUUUCCGCGAUGGAGUUAGCGAAACACAGUUCCGCAAAGUGCUGGAGGAAGAACUGCAAGCAAUCCGCAAGGCUUGUUCAAGAUUUCCAUGCUACAAGCCUCCAAUCACGUUCGCAGUUGUGCAGAAGAGGCACCACACGAGGUUGUUUCCAUGCGAAGCCGAUCCAUCUUUUGCCAAUAACCAGUUCUCCGACGAGAAUGUGCCUCCAGGGACAGUCGUGGACACCGUGAUCACUCAUCCGAGAGACUUUGACUUCUACCUCUGCAGCCAUUGGGGUGUCAAGGGAACCAGCCGGCCAAUCCAUUAUCACAUCUUAUGGGACGAAAACCAGUUCACUUCCGAUGAAGUCCAGAAGUUGGUCUACAAUCUUUGCUACACAUUCGUGAGGUGCACAAAGCCUAUAUCUUUGGUCCCUCCAGCUUACUAUGCACAUCUUGCUGCAUACAGAGGCAGAUUAUACCUUGAUCGUUCGGACUCAAGCGCCUUCAGCAGAAGUUGUUCGAUUUCACGGGCUUCGCCUCCAAAAGCAAUGCCUUUACCUAAACUUUCUGAGAAUAUUAGGAAGCUAAUGUUCUACUGCUGAUAUUGUAGCACAUGCAGAUGCGUAUACUUGCACUUCUUUGGUCUAACCAUAGCUUGAAACUAAAUAAUAGCCAAGUGGGAUUACAACUGCUUACUCAUCCAUAUUAUGAUCUUGUCACAGGUUAAUCAACCAAAACUAUCAUCAACUCACUAAGAUUUUUCCAGCUUCUUAACAUGUAAAGCAAGUGCAUAUGACAAGUUCAUUGGACUUGGAAGAUACUUGGUUUUAUCUAUUCUUGAUGGAUGUAAUGUGAGUGAAACGGUUCACCAAAAUGUCUGGUUUGAUCUGACU